CGCCUAUUGGCAGUGGGAGGGCAGGGACUCUGUGGUCUCGGAGAUCAGAGGCUGGUAAAUCCGGCGGAGACAGCAGUGGGACGGUGUGUUUUAAUAUCUUAAAAAGAGAAGAAGAAAAAGAUGGCCUUCAGCAAAGGAUAUCGCAUUUAUCACAAACUGGACCCACCUCCCUACAGCGUGAUAGUGGAGACGAGAAACCGAGAGGAGUGCCUGCUGUUCGAGUCGGGAGCUGUUGCUGUCCUGUCGUCUGCGGAGAAGGAAGCCAUCAAGGGAGGAUACACCAAAAUGUUGGAUGCCUACGGGAUAUUGGGAGUGUUAAGGCUUAACCUUGGAGACGCGAUGCUGCACAGCCUCGUGGUAGUCACAGGGUGCAUGUCUGUCGGCAAGGUGCAGGAGUCCGAAGUCUUUCGAGUCACGUCCACUGACUUCGUCUCCCUGAGAAACGACCCUACGGAUGAAGAUCGGAUCUCGGACGUGCGGAAGAUCUUGAACUCUGGAAACUUUUAUUUCGCAUGGUCCUCCAGCGGGGUCAGUAUGGACCUCAGUCUCAACGCACAUCGCAGGAUUAAGGAAGAUACCACUGAUAACAGAUUCUUUUGGAACCAGUCGCUGCACUUGCACCUGAAGCACUAUGGGGUGAACUGUGACGACUGGCUGCUGCGGCUCAUGUGCGGCGGGGUGGAGAUCCGGACCAUCUAUGCCGGGCACAAGCAGGCCAAGGCCUGCGUCAUCUCGCGGCUCAGCUCCGAAAGAGCGGGCACCCGCUUCCACGUGCGCGGCACCAACGACGACGGCCAGGUGGCCAACUUCGUGGAAACCGAGCAGGUUAUUUUCCUGGAAGACUGUGUGUCUUCUUUCAUACAAAUCCGUGGAUCUGUUCCAUUGUUCUGGGAGCAACCAGGUAUUCAGGUUGGGUCGCACCGGGUUAAGUUGUCUCGGGGGUUUGAAGCCAAUGCUCCUGCUUUUGAAAGGCAUUUCAGCACCCUUAGAAGACUUUAUGGCAAACAAGUGAUUGUAAAUCUUCUUGGAAUGAAGGAAGGGGAGCACAUGCUUAGCAAAGGUUUCCAGAGCCAUUUAAAAGCGUCAGAGCAUGCCACUGCUGUGCGGAUGGUGAACUUCGACUACCACCAGAUGGUUAAGGGAGGGAAGGCCGAGAAGCUUCACAGUGUCCUCAAGCCCCAGGUCAGCAAGUUCCUGGAGGAGUGCGGCUUCUUCUACUAUGGGGACAACACUGUUCAGAGGUGUCAGACGGGAACCAUCAGAGUGAAUUGUCUUGACUGCCUGGACCGGACUAACAGUGUUCAGGCCUUUUUUGGCCUUGAGAUGCUGCCGAAGCAGCUGGAGCUCAUGGGCCUGACGGAGAAACCCCAGCUGGUGGCCCGCUUUCAGGAAGUGUUCCGCUCCAUGUGGUCCAUGAACGGAGACUCCAUCAGUAAGAUCUACGCUGGAACUGGAGCUCUCGAGGGGAAGGCUAAGGGCGGAAAGUUGAAAGAUGGCGCCCGCUCGGUCACCAGAACUAUCCAGAACAACUUUUUCGACAGCUCCAAACAGGAAGCAAUCGACGUCUUGCGGCUGGGCAGCACUUUGAACAGUGACUUGGCGGACAAGGCUCGUGCUUUACUGACGACCAGCAGUCUGUACGUUUCAGAACCAGUUUUGCAAUCAGCCUCUCCUAGAGUCCUGCUGGGCAUGUGCCAGAACUACUGUAAGUACACAAAACCCAAGCAGGUUCAAGUGUGCGUGGGCACAUGGAACGUGAAUGGAGGCAAGCAGUUUCGAAGUAUUGCCUUCCGCAAUCAGACCCUCACCGACUGGCUGCUGGAUGCUCCAAAAAUAGCAGGCAAUCCUGACUUUCAAGACAGCAGAAGAAACCCUAUUGACAUAUUUGCCAUUGGAUUUGAAGAAAUGGUGGAACUGAAUGCUGGAAAUAUUGUCAGUGCAAGCACUACCAAUCAGAAACUAUGGGCAGCUGAGCUCCAGAAGAAUAUUUCCAGAGAUAAUAAGUAUGUGCUGCUGGCCUCAGAACAGCUUGUGGGAGUCUGUCUCUUUGUCUUCAUCAGACCCCAGCAUGCCCCAUAUAUCCGGGACGUUGCCGUGGAUACGGUGAAAACGGGCAUGGGGGGAGCCACAGGGAACAAAGGCGCGGUGGCGAUCCGAAUGCUCUUCCACACCACCAGCAUCUGCUUCGUCUGCUCGCACUUUGCUGCCGGGCAGUCCCAGGUCAAGGAGAGGAACGACGAUUACAACGAAAUCGCACGGAAGCUUAGCUUCCCAAUGGGAAGACUGCUUUUCUCUCAUGAUUAUGUCUUCUGGUGUGGGGACUUCAACUAUCGCAUCGACCUUCCCAAUGAGGACGUGAAGGAGCUGAUUCGCCAGCGGAACUGGGACGCUCUCACAACUGGAGACCAGCUGAUCAACCAGAAGAACACUGGGCAGGUUUUCAGAGGGUUUUUGGAAGGAAAAAUCGAUUUCCCUCCCACCUACAAAUAUGACUUGUUUUCAGACGACUAUGACACAAGUGAGAAAUGCCGGACUCCAGCUUGGACAGACCGCGUGCUCUGGAAAAGAAGGAAGUGGACUUUUGACAAGUCUGCCGAGGACAUUAGUCUGGUGAACGCAUGUGUGAAUGAAGAAGACAAGUUCAAGUACACAUGGACUCCUGGUACCCUUCUGCAUUACGGCAGAGCAGAAUUAAAGACAUCAGAUCACAGGCCAGUAGUUGCUGUCCUUGAUGUGGAUGUGCUGGAGGUGGACCCGGAGGCUCGUCACCAAAUCUAUAAAGAGGUUAUUGCAGAGCAGGGGCCUCCGGAUGGCACCGUGCUGGUCUCCUUGAGCAGCUCCACUCCUGAAGACGACUACUUCGAUGACAAUCUCAUUGACCACUUGCUGCAGCAGUUUGCUGCAUGCGGAGAAGUCAUUCUUAUUAGGUUUGUGGAUCAGAAAAUGUGGGUGACAUUUUUGGAAGGUUACUCUGCGCUGGCUGCUCUGCGUUUCAGCGGCACCAAAAUACUCGAGAGGACCAUUGAUAUCAGUCUGAAAAGCCCAGAUUGGAUUAAGAGUCUGGAGGAGGAGAUGAGCCUGGAGAGAAUCACUGGAGGGAUCCCAGCCUCGGCCAGCUCCACCCUGCUAGGGGAAGACGCAGAGGUGGCUGCAGACUACGACAUGGAAGGCGAGGUGGACGACUACUGUGCGGAAGUGGAGGAGAUUCUGCCCCAGCAUCUCCAGCCCAGUAUGGGGACAGGUCCUGCAGUGUCUCCCGGUUCCUCGCCACGAACCAGCCCCUGCCCCUCCCCCACUCUGCCUGAGCCCGCCCCCCCCUGCAGGCCCAGCCGGGCGCCCCCCCGAACUGCGGGACCUCCACAAGGCUCCCCAGUGGAUUUCCAGCCCAUCAGUGCGCCGCGUGAGCCACCCCAGGGGCUGGAGCCGAAGCGCCCCCCUCCCCCGCGCCCUAACGCCCCCCCUGCCAGGCCUGCACCUCCCCAGAGGCCCCCACCACCGUCAGGAGGCAGAAGUCCAACACCAUGUAAAAAAGAAUUUGGAGGCCUUGGAGCUCCACCAAGCCCAGCGGUAGCUAGGAGAGACCUGGAAGGACAAAAAAGCCCAGGAUUAGUUAGAAAGGAUUUAGGAGUUCGACCUCAGACUCAAGCCGGCCAGGGAACUGGUGGACCACCGAAACCAACCGUGCCUCCCCGUGCGGGUGUCAUCAGCAUCACAUCCCAACCCAGACCCCAUGCUUCCAGACCCACUCCUGAGGUCCAGGGCAAGCCAACGGAGCUCUCCCUGGGGCCAUCUUUACUUCCCGAACCCCUGAAGCCACAGAUGGCCUCUCCCAUACAGCCUCAGCCUGCUGCUCCUCCUCCCGUCAGAGCCCUGCAAGAGCCUCUGGUUCCCACAAUGUCUCACCCUGCCCCUCAGGCCUUGGACCCCCCCCCACAGCCCCCACCUCGCAGCAGGUCCUCCCACACCCUGCCGGAGGCCGUGCCUCCCGCACAGACCAAUGGAGUGAAUGGCAUCCAAGAAGCACAAUGGAAGACCGACCCCUUCAAUCUGCUUUCAUCUGAUCUGCUUUCCAGUCCCUGGCCAAAGACCCAGUCCUUGACCAGAAGUUGUUCUCAAAGGCCAGUGCCUCGUGUGUCCACUUUCCCAGAUUCGCUUUCCCUUUUAAUUCCCUUAUCACAGAGCUCUGCGAAUGGCAAGGAAGCCCCUAACCCUAUGCUGCAGUUACCCCCCAUUCCCUCUCGCAGCAAAUCAACAGAAACCCUACGCGUGUCUCCAAACCCUUUUCUGUCUGACAUCCAGGCCGUCAGCUCCAACCCGUUCACUGGAAAGCCCGUCACCUCGGGAAGCCAGCUUACGCCUCCCAUCUCCAUUCCGGGAGCUCCGCCCUUCCCUCACAGAACGAUGUCUGGGUUCGGUCAGAACGCCGAGCUUUCUGUAGGCCCCAUCCUAGAGAAGGUCAACGCUGAGGAGACCCGGAAAAAGCAGUGGGUCACCUUUGACGAUGACAACGACUUCUGCCAGGCAGCACGAAUGCCGCCAGCGGCGCCCCCUGUUUCGAGCGCCCCUUUUGUCGACACACAGAGCCUGUUCCCCAGUUCAGGGCUUGACCUGGGCAGCAACUGGGGGGCACCCCCAGCCGCGGCACUCCGAGGCCCCACACCUCCACUCUUCACAAGACCAAAUUCCCACAGCCCACAGAUGGACACGGGUUCAACCAACAGCUUUCUCACUUCAAAAGAGUUUACAGAAACGUAGAUUUAGAAAGGAGUAAACAUUUAAAAGUAAAUACGUGUUUAUAUGGGUUUAUGAUUGAUAUAAAUGUUACGUAUCUUAGAAAUGCAUAGUAUUGAUUAAGCAAUACUACACAUUAGCAUGGAAAAAGACAGUAAACAUUUUCUUUUUAUAAAUUUGUACGGCCUUAACCCAAAACAACUUAUAGUCAUUUUUCAAUCAUAACCUUUUUCACUCUUUUCCGUACAGUAGCUGUGUAAACUUUCCUUCAGUUAAUCUCAGCUGCCAUGUCUAGUUGGGUUUAAAGCACUAUUCUCAUUGAUGAGGAAUUGAUUAUUUCUUCCAUUUUAAUAUGUAACAUUUUAGUCAAAAAUAUGCAUUUCUGCUGUCUUAUUUUAAUUUUGUCA